GCCGACGAAAAGGUAGAGCUCAACUGUGACAAUUGCCAAGAUGCAGUCAAACCCAGUCAAAUGUAUUCGGCUCGGAAAGCGUUUGGCGGCCGAAAAGUGCUGGAUAUUCUUCAAACUGUAACACAUCGAAGCAUACCGCUCUCCAUACCUGUUAAGCUAUGCACUCCCUGCACCUCAUCGUUGCUCUGCACUGCGACUUUAAUUGAAAAGUUUCAGAAAUUGGUUAAUACAUUCUCGAAAGAAAAUCCGCUUCCAGAAGGAGUUGACGUCGUUACUGAUACUGCAGCAAAGCCCAAGCUCAAACCAAGAAACAUGAGAUCAAAGAGUAUGGUUGUAGAGAGGACCCCGAUAUUGGACAUUAGUCUCAAAAAACAGCCAUCAAAAUCUGUUACUAAACAGCCAUCAAAAUCGGCUAAACAGCCCACAAAAUCUUCUGCUGAACAGCCACCAAAAUCUCCUGCUGAACAACCACUUGCAGAAGUAGUUGACGUCGUUACUGAUACUGCAGCAAAGCCCAAGCUCAAACCAAGAAAAAUGAGAUCAAAGAGUAUGGUUGUAGAGAGGACCCAGAUAUUGAACAUUAGUCUCAAAAAACAGCCAUCAAAAUCUUUUACUAAACAGUCAUCACAAUCGGCUAAACAGCCCACAAAAUCUUCCGCUGAACAGCCACCAAAAUCUCCUGCGGAACAGCCACCAAAAUCUCCUUCCAAGCAAAAAAUGACGAAAAGUGUUGCCGACAAAAGCAAAUCCGAAGAUCAGCGUGUGGCAUGCGACGAAAGUCUGCUGGAUGGCGUCAAGAUUAUACCGUCCAAGGAAAACCUCAAUAUUACAUCAGAGAACCAAAAUAAAAAACUUGCCGUUUUCAAACUCUUCGCCCCGACAAAGGCUUUCAUUAUGGACGAAACUGAAAGUGAGGACGAGUUUGUUGAAAAAGAGGAUAACUCGAUAAAGUUUAAAAGACCCUCUUUUUACAAAUGUAAGCUCUGCGAAUUCCAAACCAAAGUUUCAAUGGCCUUGAAAAAGCAUUUGAUGGCGGAGCACGGUCAGAAAAGAACUCGCGUCCAUGAAUGCACUGUGUGUCUGAAAGGUUUUGGACAGGAAAAAGCAUUAAAAAAGCAUUUAGCUACCCACGAUAAAAGUGAACUCACAAAAACCAACGUGGCCAAACCAGAAAUAGUUAAAACACCAGUUGGUACAACAAAUUCCCAUCCGGAAAAGGAGUCUGCGGCAGUCAAGAGUCCAACUAAGGAAAAACUGCAUGAGAAUGAAAAGACUGUUGAAUAUACAUUUGCUGUCAAUGGCACCGACUCCUCUACUCCAAACCCUUCCAAAAGAACACGACGCGGCUUGGAAUUCAAGUGCGAUAUAUGCGAUUCGGAUUUAAAGACUGUUAAAGCAAUGAAAGAGCACAUGAAAUCGGCUCAUGAAAUAUCCGCCAUAAAAUUAUUUGUAUGCGAAUUGUGCCAUUCAAAGUUUUCAACGAACCAACAAUUGAAGAAACAUUGCACCAAAAAACAUAUGGCUACAGCAGCAGACCCACCUGAUACCAGUGCAAACGGUGAAAAGGGAUACGAAAGCCCCGAUGUCAUUGAAGCCAUGAACUCAGAUGUAGAGGAGAUGCGAUUGGCCUCAUCCAGCAAGAAGGAACCAGAAGCGAAAGAAGCUCUUUUCAAGGUGCCAAAGCAGAAGCUUGCGAAGACAUCCUUCAAUGUAGCGCAAGAAGAAAUUAAUGCAUGCGUUGCUGAUUCAAUUCCUACUACAGAAAAGGCCAGAAAGCGUAAAGCUAAUGAGAACAGUCUGGAGCUGGAUACUUCACUCACACAAAUAAUUAAGCGAAUUGACCAAACUGAAGCAUCACCAGCGAAACCAAAUGAAAACAACCUUAGCAAUUCGUGGAAGAAAGUAGUCGAAUCGCCAGUAGCCCCCGAAACAAAUCUGACUAAGCCAGAGGCUGAUGAAGGGUAUCCCGGAAGUCCAUCCAAGAAAAAGAGAAAGGAGAAGAAAUAUUCUGAAUCGUCAGUCGUCGAUUUGUUCGAUGAAGUUAAUGUCCAUGUAAAUCCUCAUAAAAAGGAGUUGCUGAGUUCAGAUGUCGAGGAAUCGGAUUGCUCCAUUUGUGGCAAAACAGUGAACUCGCGCUCUCGCCUUGACUCGCACGUCCAGAAAAAGCACAGCAACAUCCUCAAAUGUCCCAUUUGCAAGAAGCUCUUCAAAUCAAGGGUCGAAUAUGUCGCACACUUUAGCUUCAGCUGUGAUUCAGAUAAUGGUUUACCUUGUGGUGUCCAGAAAUGCAAGAAGGUGUUUGAAGGCUCCGAAUAUCUGAGCGGCCACCUAGUGAAGAAGCACGAUCACAUCUGAAGCAUACACGUAGAUAAAUUAAAUGCUCUGACAACUUGAUAACGAAGCAAGAAAAACUAUGCUUUAUAAGCAUUUUCCAAUUCUGUUAUUUUAGU